AUGUACCCACGCCAGGACGAUGUAAGUCUUCUGCAGCGUUACAUCAAUGACGCCAAGCUGGAGGAGAAGGGUGUCCCAAUGACUGAUUUGCGGCGACUAGAGGGCACGGAUCAGGUGAUGCUGGGCGUUGAUGGCACGAAAGUCAUUGACCUUAUUACCCAAGCCGUGCGGGAGAAGGAAAAGAUGGCCAUCUACACCUACACAACCCCGUUUACGGUCUACGACAAAAUUACGGAUGUCUGCAAUACCUUCCAUUCCAUCAAAAACUGCACUCCCGUGUUGGUGUUUAAUGGCAUUCCGUUUUAUCCGGAUUUGUCGGAUGAAAAUUGCCGUGACAAAAAUAUGGUGCCUCCUGAAAUAGCCGUGCUUAGCGGCACAGACAGUUCCAGGCUGUGUAAUAUGAACUCGAUGCGGGCGUUGGACAUGCAGAAGAAGUCAGCGGCACGUUUUUUUGUAGAGGAGGAUGUGGAAAAUCAAAUUGUCAAGCUUUUCCGAUCCGAGUUUAAGGACACCAUGCGAGCGCCUUACCUUGCUUGGGCGCAACUGUCCGCCUUCUGCCACCCCAAGAACCAUCACGUGUCGGAAGUGUACGGUUGCCUUGAGCUCCUUGCCUUUCCAGGGAUUGAUCGGGUCAUCACAAACAUAAAUGUGAUGAAGGGUACAUUUGAUGUGGUGCGUAAGUCUCGGCUCUUAGAAUCGUUGCGGAUAAGUGAAGAUGACUUGGGAAGUCUGAUUAUGGUUGACAGCCGAAAUCGGAUAAUGAGGACUGUUGCGCCGAAGUUUUCAAGUUUUGAUGAUAUGUGCAAGAAAAUUACACGUCUCAAUGAUUUAUCUCUCGGUGCCUCUUACGCCCAACAGAUUUAUCAAGAAACGAUGCAUCAGUCUGAGCAAAAUCGCAGUCGUUCUGCAAAUAUGAGGAGUUCCGCGCUUCGCAAUCUUGCUGCUCUGGCGUGCCCAGUACUAACCCUGGUUUCUCCUUACUGCACUUUGUUAACUCUGUUAUAUGAAUCGCGUCGGCAAUUACCGCUUGAUCUUAAGAUGGUCAUGGGAUGCCCUCUUCCACCCGUUAUGUACUACAUGUUUACAGCGGGCCUUUUGUCACCCAGCCUUUUUGCUGCAUUAUGUCAGGGGAGUUUAGUGGAUGACUGGCCACUUGUGGAUUCUAUUAAGUACCGUGAUGUGGCUGAGACGGUUUUGCCACUUCGAGUUCAAACACUUCAUCAACUCGCUUCCUCGCUGCGGCUGACUGAUUUCGGCAUGACCUGGUUUCGUCGUUACAACGUUUUGUCCUCCCGCAUAAAUAAGAUCAACCUCCCUCCGGGAAUUGGGUUGGAUUCUUGGAAUUUAACAGGUGUCACCAUUUCCGAAAAUCUUUUUCUGGUGGAUGUGAUGGAUUUUGCGCACUUGGCAGUUUCAUCUCGGCAUAUUGUUUACACAACGGUGGAGGAAACCUGUGCGGCUGUGCUGCUUCAAUCCCUAGACCUCCUUGGCUACCUCACCCACGAGACCCACGAUGACGGCAUUGGCUCUCAGGUGAGUGAACCAUCUUCGUUUGGUCGGGCGCUAAAGAUGUGUUCCGUACCAACACUCAGCGAAUACGUUGUGCUUCUUAUUGAACUCGCACGUACGGGUUCUCUCACCACAGAUUCGUUUCGAAUGACAUCAGAGGAAAUACCUUCGCGGGAUAUUCCUCGUGAAGUUAUUCUUGCCAGCCGCAUUCUAUCUAUUAUCCCACUAAAUGUGUCAUCCGCUUGGGCUGGUCCAAUUGACCCUCAACUAGCAGCCUUCAGCAUGAUUUCACGUAUGGUAUCUCGAUCGGUACGUCACCUUCUCGAGGCGAUGUUGGCUAUGAUUUUUUAUCAGGCGAGGACGCUAGUGCCAUUGCAUAGAAUGUGUGCAAUACAGCAAGGACUACCCUUUUCUACACCUGUAGAGUUCGGCGGUGGUGUCUUGGCUCAGUAUAUUUUAAUGAAGGAAAAUUGUUCGCUGAAUGAUGUUGAGAAGGCCUUCCCUGGGUGCAGCUUUCUACGACAUGAUCUCGUCACAUUGUUUUACUUCUGGGAUCUUGCGGUAUGUGUGCUGAGCUCCAUCUCAUGCCGAGAUCCCUUGAUUGACAUGGUUUACCUACAAAGGGCUAACGAGCGGAUGAAGGAUUUGCAAGGGCGGCUCAAUGUUAACACAGGCAUGAGGGAAGCGUACUAA